AUGGAUGAGAGAGGCGCCGACAAAGUCAAAGUGGAGAUUGCUUUGCAAGCGCGUUUCAAUGAGAAGAAUAAGAGGUCGAAAGGAAAAUUUGCGGCGAGAGGUAAAUCAAAUUUUCAGAAUUUUGGUUCAAAUGAUUCGCAAAAUUCAAAGCAUUCAACGAGUGAAAAGGGUGAAUGUACCUCCAAGGAUAGUGGUCAUAGCAAUGGUUUCAAGAAGCGUGAUGUGAGUAAGGUUCAAUGCUACAAGUGCAGAAAGUUUGGACACUUUACAAAUUCGUGUCGUGGUGAAUCAAACGAGAAUCACAAUAAUGAAGUCAAGGUUGCUAGGGAAGAGGUAGAUGAUGAGGAAACACUUCUAGUAAUGAUCAUGGAGGGGAGUUAUGGCAUUACGGAUGUUCCGGGCAGCAGCUACAGUAGUGAAAGUUUGCAGGACAACAGUUGUACUGUUCCGAAAAAUAGUGAGAAAAUGCAUUCAGAUCGAAAUGCGUUGGUUACCGUUCGUGAUGGAGUCCAAGGGAGAGAUGAGUGGUACUUGGAUUCCGGUUGUUCAACACAUAUGACGGGUCGAAAAGAUUGGUUUGUGCAAAUCAAUCAAGCGGCAAAAAGUAAAGUCAAAUUUGCCGACGACACCACUUUAAGCGCCGAAGGGGUAGGAGAUGUUUUGAUCGGAAAGAGGAGUGGUGGACAUUCAAGGAUCAAAGAUGUCUUGUAUAUACCGGGAAUUAAGUGUAAUCUUUUAAGUAUUGGCCAAUUACUUGAAAGAGGAUACAAAAUUCGGUUGGAGGACAAGAUUUUGCGCGUUUUAUAUUCAAAUGGUGUGUUGAUUCUAAAAGCGCCGAUGGUUGCCAACAUUACCUUUAAGGUUGAGUUAAAGGUUAUGGAGCAUCGUUGUCUAGCUACCACGGCAAGUAGAGAUGAGUGGUUAUGGCAUUACCGUCUUGGUCACCUUAAUUAG